UGCGGCAAUUCCGAAUGUCUUUGUUGAAAUUCUGUCGCCUGACUCUUUAUGGAACAAUUCGUGCAUUUGGAAAACGUCGACGCACCACCGACAUGAGCAAAGCGGCGACGGAUUUCGCAGCCACUCCAACCUAUGAACGACAGCCAAAUGUCCUGCGAAAGAAGUUGGCUUCUGUUGUGCCGGGCUCCGUUAAUGUCCAAGUGCUGGGCGCGGGGGCCAAUGGUACUCCUUGCGCCGUGUACCUCUUCACAGACCAAUCCCGAUAUCUCUUCAACUGCGGCGAAGGCACACAGCGACUGGCCCACGAGCACAAGACGCGCCUCUCUAGACUGGAACGCAUUUUUGUGACACGCAACACUUGGACAGCAGUGGGUGGAUUGCCCGGCCUAGCGCUGACCAUACAGGACGCGGGCGUGCGCAGUGUUGGACUUCAUGGACCUCCACAUCUGGACACGAUGCUGCAGAGCAUGCGAAGAUUUGUCGUACUCAAAACAAUGGAAUUGGACACGAUUGACGGCACACUUUUUGAUUACUUUGAGGAUUCUAUAUUAAGCGUAAAGUCGGUACCCUUGCACAGCAAGCUAGAGGAGGGGAAGGUAGUCCUUAGUUAUAUAUGCAAACUGAAACCACGAGCAGGCGCCCUCAUUCUGGAAAAAUGUGUGGAGAGAGGAGUGCAGCCAGGUCCGCUGUUGGGGCAGCUUAAAAAUGGUCAAGACAUAACAUUGCCGUCUGGUGAGGUCGUGCGUUCCGUAGAUGUCACUGAACCUGGAGAGACGGCCUUGUCAUUCGUAUUCAUAGAUGUGCCCAGUGAGGAAUAUUUUUCGGCAUUGCAGGAACAGGCAGCACACUUUAAGGAGCUGUCUGCAACCGAGGUGACAGAAGUGGCGCUGGUGGUGCACUUCAGUCCACCCGAUAUGACGGCGCGUGCGGACUAUCAGAACUUCAUGGACUCGAACUUUUCGCAGUGCACGCAGCACAUUUAUCUCAAUUCACCCCUGAACCAUUUCUCCGGAUAUGCAGCCGCCCAUCGCAUACAAUAUCAGCUUCAUCAGCUGGCGCCUCAUAUCUUUCCGCUUUUAGCCGAAGCUAAUGAGCUGCAGUUGAGCAAUGGCUUGAAGAAAACUCGGCUGGAGGAGAGCCCAGAAGCUGCAGAUGCGAAAGAGAAACCGACGAAGGCACCGUCUCAAGGUGUGGUUCCGAUGACCAGUUUCCACUUGCGGCCCAAAAAAGGUCUGGAUCGUAUGCUGGAAAUUAAAUUGACACCGGAUGAGUAUGUCAGCGAAACGCACGCCUUACCUGGAUUCAGCGAUCUGCUUACACAGCUAAAGAGCGAGCAAAAUCGCAUCGAUAGCAGCAGUUCCAGCACGUACCCUCGUAUAAUUUUCCUCGGCACCGGCUCCUCCAUACCCAACAAAACACGCAACGUCAGUGGUAUCUUGCUGCAAACCGCAGCAGACGCCUUUGUGAUACUCGAUUGCGGAGAGGGAACCUAUGGCCAAAUAGUCCGCUUGUAUGGACGCAAGCAAGCGUUCCAUGUCAUGCGUCACCUGCAAGCGGUGUAUAUUUCGCAUCUGCAUGCCGAUCACCAUAUUGGGCUGAUUUCACUGCUGCUGGAACGCGAGAAUCUUAAGCCGAAGGCUCCCCUUCUGCUGAUUGCUCCGCGCCAAAUAGAGCCUUGGCUUCAGUUCUACAAUAACAAAAUUGAACACAUCAAGAGCGCAUACACGUUGGUGGGAAACGGCGAACUCAUGGAGCAGCCGCUCAGCGACGAAAGAUUAGUCGCAAUGGGAAUACAAUCAAUAGCCACCUGUCUGGUGCGCCACUGUCCACAUGCCUUUGGCGUGAGCCUCACGUUGCAGUCACAGCACGAAGGUGCACCCGUGAAGCUCACCUACAGUGGCGACACCAUGCCCUGUGCCGAUCUUAUAGACUUAGGCCGCAAUUCCACAGUGCUAAUACAUGAGGCCACCAUGGAGGACGAUCUGCAGGAGGAGGCGCGAGUCAAAGCGCACAGCACCGUCUCGCAGGCCAUACAGCAGGGCCGCGACAUGCAAGCCAAGCACAUUAUACUCACUCACUUCUCACAACGCUAUGCGAAGUGCCCGAGACUGCCCUCUCCGGAGGCUAUGCAUGAUGUGGCCAUUGCCUUCGACAACAUGCAGGUGACUGUGCCGGACUUGCAGAACUACCACAAGUUGUACCCCGCCCUCUUAGCCAUGUACGCAGAGUACACCGAGGAACUGGAGCAGCGAGCCGCCAAACGGGAACUUAAGCAGGAGCGCAAACGAAAGUUGGCCCCGACGUGAUGAUAAUUUAAUUCGCUUGUUCUACCUAAGUUAUUAAGCCCAAUGUUUAAAGUAUUUGAUAUUGUUCAGUGUUAAAUCGGAUACGGCAAAUUCAUGCUUCACAUGAGUCCCCAGCAUGUUAAAGAAAAGUCAAUUUUGCAGCAACAAAUACUGUGUGUGUGUAUAUCAGAUCAGAUGGAUGCGAAUAUUGCCUCAAGAAAGUACUCCCACAUUACAACGAAUUAAUAAAAACGUUAAAAUUGUGACAUUGUUAAGGAUUAAGACAACCGAAAAAAUCACCAAAUGUAACAUCAAAUAAACAGAAAUUUCUGUGGUGU